AACCGAAUUUGUAGAGCGUCACCGCCACAGCAACAUGAUGAUUGCAGACGAAAGUUAAAAACAUGGCAGCUAGAGUAUGUCGGGCCGCGCUCCUUCCUGCUGGAUGCCGGUUACUUUCCCGUGUCUGGCAAAGAACAGGCCCAGUGUCAUGCACCAGAGCUCUGAGCUCCAACUUGGGGGAAGAACAGCCCAACUUCCCCGGCUCUCGAUCAAAGUGGACAGAAAAGCUUGAUUUUGUGCAGCCAGACCUGUAUGAUGGCAUUCCUGUGUAUAGAGUCAUGGACAGGAAGGGUCAGGUCAUUGAUCCAGCCUCAGAUCCCAAUUUGAGUGAAGACAUAGUGAUUAAAAUGUACAAGAGAAUGACACUCUUGAACACCAUGGACCGCAUCUUGUACGAGUCUCAGCGCCAGGGUCGUAUCUCAUUCUACAUGACCAACUAUGGGGAGGAAGGCACCCAUAUAGGCUCUGCAGCAGCUCUUAAUGAUGAAGACAUAGUGUAUGGCCAGUACAGAGAAGCAGGAGUAUUGAUGUGGCGAGGAUUUCCGCUGGACAGCUUCAUAAACCAGUGCUAUGGCAAUGAGGCAGAUAUGGGCAAAGGCAGACAGAUGCCAGUCCACUAUGGAUCUGUAGAGCACCGCUUUGUCACCAUAUCUUCACCUCUAGCCACACAAAUGCCUCAAGCUGUCGGUACUGCUUACUCCUUCAAGCGCGCCCAGAAUGGCUUGUGUGUUAUCUGCUACUUCGGUGAAGGCACCUCAAGUGAAGGAGACGCUCAUGCUGCCUUCAAUUUCUCAGCAACACUCGAGUGCCCUGUUAUUUUCUUCUGCCGCAACAACGGGUAUGCCAUCUCCACGCCAACCAGUGAGCAGUACAGGGGAGAUGGUGUGGCUGCACGUGGCCCAGCUUACGGGAUUGCCACAAUUCGUGUUGAUGGCAACGAUGUGUUUGCUGUGUACAACGCCACAAAGGCUGCCCGACAUAUCACUGUCAAUGAGAACAGACCAGUUCUGAUAGAGGCAAUGACUUAUAGGAUUGGGCACCACAGUACCUCUGAUGAUAGCUCAGCUUACCGUUCAGUGGAUGAGGUACGACUAUGGGACUCUACUCAGCACCCCAUUGCCCGCCUCCGUGCAUACAUGGUCCAUCAAAACUACUGGGAUGAAGCUAAGGAGAAGCAGUGGAAGGAUGAUUGUAAGAGACAGGUGAUGCAGUCAUUUGCAAGAGCAGAGCGAAGACAAAAACCAAGUUGGAAGGAGAUGUUUACUGAUGUGUAUGAUGACAUGCCACAGCAUCUCCAGGACCAGUAUGAGUACAUGAAAGCUCAUGUGGAUGAGUACCAGGACCACUACCCAGUCAAGAACUUUGUGAAGGAGAUGUGAGGAGGAACUGGUGGUUGCUACAUGCAAGACCUUUACCUUGCGCUCAUCAAGUCUGCCAGCAAGGAUGUGUUACAUGGCUACUCCUUGCUGAUCUGUGGUUGUAGAUAGACUUUUUAAGUAUUUAAAAUAGAACUGUACAGUAGACAUAAUUUAGAGGUAGCAGAUUAUUUUUAUUGUUUAUAGAACUUGUGUUUACAAACACUUUUCUAGAGACACAUUAGUUAAAUUCUGAAAUUUCCAGUAUACUUUUAUUACCAUACCAUCAAAUUUAUUACUGUGCAUUUCCUGCACUUGUGUGUGAUAUUUUGUGACAUUCAGAUCAUAAAGCAUUUUAUGACA